GAUCACGAGCGAUCAGGAAGAAUUAGAAGAGAUGAAGUUGGUUUUGUUGUUCCUUGCAGGGGUAUUUUGCCUCGCAAAUGCUCAACCAGUCCAAGAACGACUUGARCUUGUUGAAGAUGACAUUCUCAUGACGAAGGAACAAAAGAAUUAUUACAAAGAAGUCCAAGGAGGUCGCGUWAGACGUGCUGCUCUCAAGGAACAUUGGCUGUGGCCAAAAGGAGAAGUGUUUUAUACAUUCAAGGAUAACUUAGAUGCCGCUGGUAGAAGCCUCGCCAGAAAUGCAAUGAAACACUGGAAGGAUAGAACCUGUUUAAAAUUCACAAGAAGAACAAACCAGCCCGUUUAUGUUGAAUUCCAGUACAAAAAAGGCUGUAGAGCGCAGCUUGGAUACGAUUCCAGAUCUCCUAGACUUAUCUCAAUCGGAAGUAACAGCGCUGAUCGCUGCACAUUGGGAUCCACAAUUCAUGAGAUUGGUCACGCAAUUGGUUUCUACCACGAGCAUGUCCGUCCAGAUCGUGACCAGUACGUUACCAUCAACAAGGCAAACAUGAGACCAGGAGAUGACGUUGCAAGAAAUUUCGAGAAAGUAUCUACUUACUACGUCGACUCUCGAGGCCAAGAGUACGACUAUGGCAGCAUCAUGCACUACUCUCGUUACCAAGGCAACAACAGAUACAACGCUGUUGUUAUUCAACCAAAGCAACCAAAURUUGAGAUUGGUCAGAGGGAUGGGUUGAGCGCUGGGGACAUCGAGCAGACGAAAAUCAUGUACAAAUGCAAUGACCGUACUGGAGAAAGUGAGCUUGACUAUGUUCCCUCGGACCAUGAUGAGGAAGAGCAAAAUGGAGGAAGCAAACAAGGACCAAAACCUGGAGAAAUUCAAGAUUAAAUACACUAAGAUUACAAUAAAGUUACCACUGAUUCUACAGAAAAUAAUUAUAAACAGAUUAAUUUUGAGCUACGAAUCUCAUUAAAGAGCAUUGGAAAAUCAACCUGUCAAUAUUUUACAGUUGUGUAAAAAGAUAAAUUUAACACCGCAAAAAAA